AGAGCGCGGCCGUCCGCCGGGUGAGCGGGAGCGGAGCGGAGCCGUCGGUGCCGGAGCGGGCAGGGAGCGGAACCGAGGCGGCCGCAGCUCCGCGUCCAUGGCGGACCGCGCCGCGGAGACGGGAGCGGCGGCCCCCCCCCGGGACUGCGCCUCCUCCGAGUGCCCCGCAGAGGCGGUCGGGACGGAGAGGCGCGGCACGGAGCGGGAGGAGGACGGCGAGGAAGAGAAGCCGGGGGCGGGCGGCCCCGACGGCAGCGAGCCGAAGCGAAGGGAAAGCGGUGCGAGAGCCGAAAGCGCCGAGAAAGGGCACGAGAGCGGGGAUGGGGCGUGCGGGAGCACGGCGGAAAAGAGAGGGGAGCCGCGGGACGGCGCGCCCGUGGGUGGAGGUGAGCCGCAGGAGCUGCGCAUUUUGCUGCUGGGGCGGAGCGGAGGGGGGCGAAGCGCCACCGGCAACACAUUGCUGUGCCGGGAGGAAUUCAAGUCCCAGCUGGCGUCCCAACCCGUCACCACCACGUGUAAGGAGGGCAGGCGGGAUUGGGGCGAGUGGUGCGUGGUGGUCAUGGACACCCCGGCGAUUUUUGGGGGGUCGCAGUGGGACAAAAAGCAGUUAGAAGAGGAGCGCAGGCACUGUGUCCACUUUGGUACCCAUAAGUACUGCGUGCUGCUGCUGGUGACACAGCUGGGCCGCUACACACGGGAGGACCGGGAGGUGCAGAAGAGAGUGAAGCAGGUCUUUGGGAAGGGCGCUAAGAAGCGCAUGGUGGUGGUGUUCACACGGAGGGAAGACCUGGGAGACAGCUCGCUGGAUGAGUUCGUGAAGACGGCCGAAAACGGAGCGCUGCGGAAGCUGGUGAAGGUGUGCAAGAAGCAGUACUGCGCUGUGAGCAACAGAGCACCGAGGCAGGACCGGGAUGCGCAGGCUGAGGAGGUGCUGAGGAUGGCUGAGGCCAUCGCACGCAGGGAGUGCAUGAGGGGGGAGCCCUGGUAUAAGAAGUGCUUGUAGUGAUUCUCACAAUGAAGAUCCAAUCACCGUGACGGGACCCACGGGUCCAUGCCCAAAAGGGGAGGGUGGGGGGGGAGGGGGGAAGGGAGAUGGACCCAGACAAGAGAAACAGCGGCAACGGGCCGAGGGAAGAAAUGCUUAGUUUGCUAAUUACAUUACUGAAACGCAAUUGAAUUGCAAUUGAAGCUAAUAAGUCAAUGAGGGAGAGAGUUUCCCACACCCAAAGCUCUUACGCUGAUGCUGCAGCGGUCGUGGCGGGCAGGGAGGAAAGGAGAGCGUUGCUGUGAGUUUUCAGUUCUGAAACUGAAAACUGAACCUUUGUCUCCCCCUGGGAGAUGGAAAUAACAAAAUAAAGUGUUCUGGGAGUGCUGUGCCUUUCUGGGA